AACUUGCCUUAAUCACUCAUGUUCUUCAUAUCUUCAUCUAAAAGUUUUAAGUCUCUUUCUCUUCUUUUCAUAACCCUCCACUCUUCCAUUUUUUCCCUGUCCUACCAUAAAUAUAACCGAUAAAAUGAAUGAGUGUCUGUAAUCUCCCAUCCAUUGCUUAUAAUUUCACUUUUUCAUUCCUUUCAUAGUGGUAAUAGUCACCAAAUUGGUAUACAUAUCCCACUAGUUAGCUAGUUUUCUUCUCUAAUUCUCAAAGUAAGGUUUAUUGUCUUUGUCUUUAUAGUUUUGAAUCGUUUUGUCCUCUGUUCUUCUUUGUUCUUGUUGUUCGUUGUUUAUUCUCCAUGGCUCCUCCGAACGAUCCAGUGAAUGCCACGUUAGGACUGGAGCCAUCGGAAAAGGUUUUCGACUUAUCUGACGGGAAACUCACCGUGAAAGGUGUGGUAUUACUCUCUCACGUACCCGAGAACGUCACUUUCAGUUCCUUCUCCUCAAUCUGUGUACCUCGUGAUGCCCCAUCUUCCAUCCUUCAACGUGUCACUGCCGCGUCGCACAAAGGUGGCUUCCUCGGAUUCUCCCAUGUUUCACCCUCCGACAGAUUGAUAAACUCCUUGGGAAGUUUCAGAGGUAGAAACUUCCUCAGCAUCUUCAGGUUCAAAACAUGGUGGUCGACCCAGUGGGUCGGAAAUUCCGGUUCAGACUUACAAAUGGAAACUCAGUGGAUCCUCAUAGAAGUCCCCGAAACAGAAUCCUAUGUCGUAAUCAUUCCCAUAAUAGAAAAAAGCUUCAGGUCGGCGCUUCACCCUGGCUCUGAUGAUCAUGUUAAGAUUUGCGCGGAGAGUGGUUCUACUCAAGUGAGAGCAUCGAGUUUCGGUGCAAUUGCAUACGUCCACGUGGCUGAAAACCCUUACAACCUGAUGAGAGAGGCCUACAGUGCUCUCAGGGUUCACCUUGACUCGUUUAGGUUGUUGGAGGAGAAAACGGUGCCAAGAAUUGUUGACAAAUUCGGGUGGUGCACUUGGGAUGCGUUUUACUUAACCGUGAACCCCGUUGGUGUUUGGCAUGGGCUUAAGGAUUUCAGUGAGGGUGGCGUGGCUCCGAGGUUUGUUGUCAUCGAUGACGGUUGGCAAAGUGUGAAUUUUGAUGAUGAGGACCCCAACGAGGAUGCUAAGAAUCUUGUUCUUGGUGGGGAACAAAUGACUGCGAGGCUUCAUAGGUUUGAGGAAGGUGACAAGUUUAGAAAAUACCAAAAGGGUCUUCUCUUGGGUCCUAAUGCUCCUUCUUUCAACCCGGAGACGAUAAAGGAGUUGAUUUCGAAGGGGAUUGAAGCUGAGCAUUUGGGGAAGCAAGCUGCAGCUAUUUCAGCUGGGGGUUCGGAUUUGGCCGAGAUAGAGUUGAUGAUUGUGAAGGUGAGAGAGGAAAUUGAUGAUCUCUUUGGGGGAAAGGGAAAGGAGAGCAACGAAAGUGGAGGGUGUUGUUGCAAAGCAGCGGAGUGUGGUGGGAUGAAGGACUUCACAACGGAUUUGAGGACUGAAUUCAAAGGUUUGGAUGAUGUUUAUGUGUGGCAUGCGCUCUGUGGCGGAUGGGGUGGUGUGAGGCCAGGAACUACACAUCUUGAUUCGAAAAUAAUACCAUGCAAACUCUCUCCUGGUCUUGUUGGGACCAUGAAGGAUCUUGCAGUGGAUAAAAUAGUGGAAGGUUCCAUAGGGCUUGUUCAUCCUCAUCAAGCUAAUGAUCUCUACGAUUCCAUGCACUCUUAUCUUGCCCAAACCGGUGUUACUGGAGUCAAAAUUGACGUCAUUCACAGUCUUGAAUACGUAUGCGAGGAAUAUGGAGGCAGAGUGGAGAUUGCCAAGGCUUAUUACGAUGGGUUGACAAACUCCAUAAUCAAGAAUUUCAAUGGAAGUGGAAUCAUCGCUAGCAUGCAACAGUGCAACGAUUUCUUCUUCCUUGGAACCAAACAAAUUCCCUUUGGAAGAGUUGGGGAUGACUUUUGGUUCCAAGAUCCGAAUGGGGACCCAAUGGGAGUGUUCUGGUUACAGGGGGUGCACAUGAUUCACUGUUCCUACAACAGCUUGUGGAUGGGACAGAUAAUUCAACCCGAUUGGGACAUGUUUCAAUCGGAUCAUGAGUGUGCAAAAUUUCAUGCUGGUUCAAGGGCUAUUUGUGGUGGUCCUGUCUAUGUGAGUGAUAGUGUUGGCUCUCAUGAUUUUGAUCUCAUUAAGAAGCUUGUCUUCCCUGAUGGUACCGUGCCCAAAUGCAUAUAUUUUCCCCUUCCAACAAGAGACUGCCUUUUCAGGAACCCUCUCUUUGACCAAAAAACCGUUCUCAAAAUUUGGAACUUCAAUAAGUAUGGAGGAGUUAUUGGUGCUUUCAACUGUCAAGGGGCUGGUUGGGACCCAAAGGGGAAGAAAUUUAAGGGUUUCCCAGAGUGUUACAAAGCAAUAUCAUGCACUGUUCAUGUAACUGAGGUUGAAUGGGAUCAAAAGAAAGAAGCAGAACAUAUGGGUAAGGCAGAGGAGUAUGUUGUGUACCUCAAUCAGGCUGAGGUACUGCAUUUGAUGACCCCCGUGUCUGAACCACUGCAAUUAACUAUUCAACCAUCCACUUUUGAACUUUAUAACUUUGUCCCAGUUGAAAAGCUAGGUAGUAGCAACAUAAAAUUUGCACCCAUUGGGCUAACAAACAUGUUCAACAGUGGAGGCACAAUUCAAGAAUUGGAGUAUAUUGAGAAGGAUGUUAAAGUUAAGGUUAAGGGUGGUGGGAGAUUCCUUGCUUACUCGACUCAAUCUCCAAAGAAGUUCCAACUGAAUGGUUCUGAUGCUGCUUUCCAGUGGCUGCCUGAUGGCAAACUCACUCUCAACCUUGCUUGGAUUGAAGAGAAUGACGGGGUUUCUGAUUUGGCAAUUUUUUUCUAGGUUUAAUUUUGUGUUUCUUAUGUUCAUAGGCUUCAAUGUUGUGUAACAUAAAGUGGUUGCCCUUAAAAUGUUGUUGUAAAGAGUGAACAAGUUUGUUUUAAUGUAAUAAUAGUUCUGUUGUUCGUAUUACAAA